GUUUCAUCAUCAAACAUGAGCAAUACUGACGUURGUGAUGGACUGGUAACAAGGGCGGAUAAUCAUCAAUUGCCCGCAAAGCCCACCGGGUAUUCUAAGUAUUUUUUACCCAAAAUGGCUGCCACUAGGAGAUUGACAAAGGAACUUGUUGAUAUUAGGGCGAGUAAAUCGAAGAUAUUCCAAAGCCUCGAAGUCGAUGAAAGUAAUAUAUUAAACUGGCAAGGCUUGAUUGUGCCGGAAAGUUCACCAUAUAACAAAGGUGCUUUCAGGAUUGAAAUUAUAUUUCCAGCAGAAUACCCAUUUAAGCCUCCUAAGAUUACAUUUAAGACUAAGAUCUACCACCCAAAUAUUGAUGAAAAAGGACAAGUGUGUUUGCCGAUUAUUAGUCCUGAGAACUGGAAACCAGCUACAAGAACUGAUCAAGUAAUUCAAGCUUUAGUUGCAUUAGUUCAAAACCCUGAACCAGAGCAUCCACUGCGUGGAGAUCUUGCAGAAGAAUACACCAAAGACAGGAAGAAGUUUAUGAAAAAUGCUGAAGAUUUUACAAAGAAACAUGGUGAAUCAAGACCCAAAUAGACUACUCUAGCCUUACACUAAUUCUAACUUAACAAGCAACAACAAAAUGGUGUGAAGUAAUUGAAUACUAUCAUAACUAACUAGUUUAUAUCCUUAUGGAAUUCUCUUUGGUGAUUGUAUUAUUAAUCUUUCUUGAAAUUUCUCAAAUGAUAUGAGUAGUUUAUUAUGCCCAGAGAAGUACGAUGCCUUAKCUCYAGYGUGAUCCUUUAUUCAUAGUAAUAAUUGUGCACUAUUCAAAACACCAAUAUAACAGAGGUCGAACUGCACAAUAUUACACCUAUUUCAAUAAACGUUGCCAUCGACAAAGGUUAUUCUGACAUGGAAAUGGUUUCGUUGAGUAGAAACAACAUUGAAUCAGUCUCUUGACGAGAAUAAGAAUCAGAAACCAAAGUCAUUCUAUUGAUGGUUUUCAACCUUUCCCAAGAGAAUUAAAUAACAAAAG